ACGCAUGAGCUGCGCGUACGCCAUGAAGUUUCAAAGUGAAAGUUGAAGUGGGAUUAAAGUUCGUCGAGUUUGCUCCCUGUAACGCACUUUACGAUCACACAAACUUCUACACGAAUAUGUGUCCAAUGCACAGUAGUCAUAAUAUGUUUAUCUUUGAUUUACAGAUUGACGCGCGCGCGGGGACUGUUGUAAAGGGCGGAGAAAACGGGCGCUUUAAAUCGGUGAGGAAAAAUACCCAGUGAUGGCUGCGGAGGAUAGGCCAGACACUGAACCCAAUGAUCUGUGUUUGGAAGAAGAGCUUUUCUCUUUGAGAUCACAAGCAGAGGCACUGCGACAGGAACUGAAGACAUGUAAGGAUGAACUUCAGAAGUUACAGAAACAGCUCAGCCAAAGCGAACGACUGCAGAAGACAACAGAUAGCUACAAUAAAGAUCUCAGACAGCAGGUUGAUAGACUGAGUGCAGAAAUCCAUGAGAGAAAGAAAAGAGAAAAAGAUAAAGUGGAUGCUGAGACUCAGACGGAGGAAUACACCUGGACAGAGACAGAUUAUUAUAAUUAUUACUAUGGCGGAUACUAUCAGUCUGGAACGGAGACAACAGCAGAAACACAGGAGAAUGUUGUCACGGAAACUCAAGAAGCAUCGGAACACACUGAGGUGCACCCCAUAACAACAGAACCAUCCAAUACUGAGCAGACAGAUGGAUCGAGUGAUUUUCCACAAACAGAGGAGGCCUCUGGAGAAGGUGGCUCUGUAGCUGACAUGCUCAGAGCAACAGCCGAGGAAGCAUUGUACCAGACCAACUUUGUGUUUGAUGAAAGUUCCGGCAUGUACUAUGACCACAGCACUGGAUUUUACUAUGACUCUACCAGUCAGCUGUACUAUGAUGCCAACACAGGCAUGUACUAUUACUAUGACCCAGAAAGCGGAAAAUACCAAUUCCACUAUAGGAUAGAGGUGCUUGCUGCACAACCCGAAGUGGAGCAGACGCCACAGAGGAAGACCAAAGACUGGAAAAACAGGAAGUCAGUGAAGAAUACAGAUAGAGCUUCCUGUCCCAACGGAGAGGUUCAGGAUUUGACUAACUCAAUGGCUCAGUUGAAGAUAGAACAUUUGAGGCGGAUUGGAGUCAGAGAAACUUGGCCACCAUGUGUUCGGGUAACAGUGGUUCAUUCUCCUGUACUGCAGACUGGAACCCUCUUCAUCCUCACGGCUGACACUGUUGCCACCAUCGGCAGAGAGAAAGACAUGAAUCACGCCAUCAGAAUCCCUGAGAUGGGAGUCAGUAAGUCCCAUGCAGAGGUUUAUUUUGACCAGGAGCAGCAGUGUUAUGUGCUAAUAGAUCAGGGCAGUCAAAACGGGACUGUCAUCAAUGGGAACAGAAUACUACAGCCCAAAGUUCACUGUGACCCUUGCCCUUUGACCCACGGGGAUGAAGUGAAGAUGGGAGAGACAGUUUUGUCCUUCCACAUUCACAUGGGAACGGACACAUGUGACGGCUGUGAACCGGGACAGGUCAAAGCACAUCUGAAUCGCCAUAAAAGAGAGGAGAACUCUGGACCUGUUCUUAGUAAGGAGGAUAAGGAGAUUCAAAGACAAAAAGAACUAAAGAUGAUAAAGGUCAAAUAUGGUCUCAAAAAUAGUGAUUAUGAGGAACAGAAGGCCCUGAAGAACAGCAGGUAUAAAGACAGAGCGGAAAACCGUCGGCAGACAGUUGGGAGCGAGGGAACGUUCCAGAGAGAUGAUGCCCCUGCUUCUGUUCACGUUGAAAUUGGAGAAGAGAAUAAGGGCAGACAGAUGCUGGAGAAGAUGGGCUGGAAACGAGGAGAAGGUCUUGGCAAGGAUGGAGCUGGAAUGAAGGACCCGAUCCAGCUGCAGGUACGUAAGGCUCAGUCUGGUCUUGGUUCUGGAGUCGUCAUGUCAGUAGAGGAUGCUCCGCUCACCAGAGCCAAAACCCAGAACUUGGAGCGCGUACGGCAACGGUUCUCUGAUGCCUGCCAGGCUGACUCCGCCCAUCCUGAAACAAGCCAAUCACCUAAAACUUUUGUCAAAAGUCAGGACACGGAGUGAUUUAUUGGUCAUUCUUUAAGGCCAUUUUUUGGGUUUGCAAAGAAAAAAACAGGGCGUGGCCAAGAUUUUGGCUAGCUGCACCAGUCAUCACAAUUGACUAAAUGAUAGACGCUCCUUUUGAAGUUGUAGCAGUUUUGUAAAUAGACUUUAGUUCAUUUUAAACAAACAGUGUGUUUUUUGUUCUUUUCAAAAUUCAAAUACAAACAUAAUAUCUUGGACAAAUAAACAAUAAAUGUUUAUAAAACAAUGA